CGCCCAUGUUCAGCGUGCUCGACCAGAUUGCACCGGCGGCGAUCGCGCGCCGCCCGCGCAACUACUACGCCGUCCCCGAGACGUGUCCGUUUGCAGCGACGCCCGGCAUUAGCUUUGAGAUUGCGCUGCCCAAUGAGACGAUGGUCCUCGGCGACAGCCGCGUGUUUCUCAUCUUCGGCGCCACUGCGUCGCCCAAGGACGGCAUGACGUCGGCGCAGUCGGCGUUCUUUGCUCAAGACGUGGCGAACGUCCGCUCGAUCACGUUUGACGCGGCGGCGUUCAGCGUGCCGGGGGCGCUGGGAUUUCUGCCUCCGAGCCUCGGUGGCUGGACCGCCGACAACUGCUUUGUCCAAGCGUUUAUCAAUGCGAACCCGCUCGACCCGGAUCCGAUGACGUGUGUCGGCAACCUCUACAGUGUGCCAACGCGCCUCGACUGGUCGCGACUCUGCGCCGACGCGCCCACCACGCUAACGCUCUUGGCAACCGAGACGGUCCACGCCACGAUCGAGCCGCCAACUUCGGAGUUCCUUCACAAGAUGACGAUCACGAGCCGGCUCCUCACCGCGCACCACGGCCGGUGUAUCGAGAUGAUGGCUGCGAUCACGCUUCCGCCGCAGUACGACCCAGCGAUCGCCUACCCGACCGUCUACACCAUUGAAGGCUUUGGUGGCACCGAGACGUACCUGCAGCGGGCCUACGCGUUUUUGGAGAGCGACAUGGGUCUGCGCUGGCAGUCAGGCACGUGGCCAGAAGUGCCGAUGCUGCGGAUCGUCCUCGGCUCGCGCAUGACGUACGGCCACACGUCGUUUGCCGAUUCGGAGACCAACGGACCGUGGGCGACCGCGCUGAUCACGGAGCUUCUUCCAGCGAUCGAGGCCAAGUAUCCAUCCCACGGACGCUACCUAAUGGGCCAUUCGUCGGGCGGCUGGUCGACGCUCUGGUUGCAGCUGCAGUACCCUAGCGUCUUUGACGGGACAUGGAGCAGCGCCCCCGACCCCGUCGACUUUACAUGCUUUCAGCUGGCCAACAUUUACGAAGACGACAACAUCUACUGGGAUUCCUAUGGGCGCCAAGUGCCCAUGAGUCGCGAGCUUCCUUGGCUCACGGCCAAGCUGGCCAACCAAAUCGAGUGGGUUUACGGUCGGGCCAAUGGCGGGCAGUGGGACGCGUUUCCCGCCAUCUUUAGCCCCCGACGCAGUGACGGCACCCCCGCCCCGCUCUUUGACAAGGUCACGGGCGAUAUCGAUCGCGGCGUUGCCCACACGUGGAAGCGCUUUGACAUUUGCCGGCUCUUGCAAGCGCAGCCCGAGCUACUGAGCACGACCUUGGCAGGCAAGGUCCACGUUGUGUGCGGCCGCGACGAUACCUACUACCUGGACCGCGCGUGUCGCAAGCUCCAAGGGCUCGUGCACGCGCCGGCGUCGGAAGCGAGUGGCAACUACGUGCGCAUGGUCCCUGGCAACCACAGCACCAUCAAGACGCAAACGCUGUUUGAUGGCUUCUUUGCCGAGAUGGUGGCCGCCCACCGUCAACAAUACGGGUCCAUGUAGAUCAUAGCCCUAUCCCUUGAUACUCCUUUCUAUUGCGA